UACAGAUACACACAGCAACAGAAAGACAGAGAGACAGAGAGAGUGAGAGAGAGAGGAGCAAAUCCAGUCACUGAUCCGAUCGGUCCCAUGGGGAAGGAGACAUAGAGAGUCAAGAGAAACAGCGGCGCAGUCUGGCUGGAGACCCAUAGAUAUAGUCCAAACACGAGGAUUUAGAUCGGACACUGUGCCUGGACAGCACUCAGUCCCACUUUGCCAGGUUGUUGGGAGAAAGAAACACUCUAGCAAGAGAAAGAAAACACCAGGAUCUUUUUUUAUUUUGGAAGAGAAACACAGAAAGAGUUUCUCACUCUCUUGCAUUUUUAAGAGCAUUUGCACAAGGUGUUUUGUUUCUUCUGAACUUAUGGCUGCACGUCCCACAGAAGCAGUGGGUUUUCCCAUGCUCCCUGCUCACCUCCUGGCCUCCGCAAUGGAGGAGUUCCCCCAACAGCUCCCGGUGCCCAAGUGUCCGGCACGGGGCCGCAGCCGGCCCAGACGACCUCGUGAAGCCCGCUUCAAAACGCAGCCGGUAACCUUUGCAGAAAUUGCCGAGGUGGAAGAGGAGGGGGCAUCCCCACUGGAGGAGGAGAGAGCCAGGAGGUCCUUCCUGCAGUCACUGGAGAGCCUGAGGAGAAGCACACAGACCCUGCACAGUGGAUCCACACGACCUGGCAGAACCACCACACCCACACAGGCGAGUCUGGAUUCCAGUGACUCUGACUCAGCCCAGUGAAAGGACAAGGGAGGGGGGGGGGGAGAGAGAGAGAGAGAGAGAGAGAGAGAGAGAGAGAGAGAAAAGGUGGAGACCUUUCUAACAUUGCCACAUAAACUAGCCUCUCACCGUGUUAACCCUGGGUCCUGACUAAAGCGGCUCUCACACACAGAAAUGAAUUUAGUUGUACCAUGCAUCUGUUAACAUAACUGUAUUUCUGGUAAGGCGUUAAUGCAUUGGUUUAUUUGCAAAACUCCUCUGGUCCUUUAGGCUGCCUCCACUACUCAAGCUGCUUAAUGAGAGCAAAAACUGUAGCAUGUGUGAUGAUUCUUUGAUGUCACUUUUCAUCCUCACGUAUGUUCCCCUUUUCUUCCUUAUGUGAAACUUCAGGACUGAAGAGGGAUCAUUCUAGUAGAUGUAUGUGUUAUGAACUUCCCUACUUAGAAGCGCAGAAGCCGAGAGGUCACUGUUGUUACCUGUGCCUUGGUAGACCUGGUAGAGAUGGUCUUUCAGUGGCUCAGCAGGAAGGGCAUCCAGUCAUGACUAAGACAACAGCUAAUGGGCAAAAUGUAGAGAAAAAACAACAGACAGAGAAAUGCAGGCCAGGUUUACUGAGGUUCAUUUUAGAAAAUCCUCUGAAAACUGACCUAACUGCUGUCCAGCCCUUAGGGUAUAUUUUCCGUAGAAAUUUAAAUACUGAUGAGAGAAGAAACUUUUUUA